AUGGACGUACACAAAGAAGCACGCAAUAUUAUAAUCGAGGCUAAUAAGAGUGGCAACAUGGACGUGGUGAGGGUUCAAGCUAUCCCACCAAAGGUAUGGGGCGAAGUAUGUACGACCCUAGAUUGCCAGCGACUACUACAAUACAAUAGAGUACUACUAACGACGUCAUUCAUAAAGGAACUAGAGACGGUGAUCGCGGCAAAAGAAAAGGCUGAACAGCCAGCCUUUACGCAUCGCAAGAUCCAAGAAGCUGUACCAGCACAGCCCGUACGACCACCGACCCUAGACUUGACUUCAGUACACAGCCAACAGCAACCGAUGAACGUCCAGCAGCGACCCAUGUUAGAAGAGGUGUAUUACUCUGACAGAAGCUCAGACGGGCACAGACGAGACAGGCGGCACACGCUGACGACCGACGAGUGGUCCCACAUUGACUAUAUGGUGGGUGAUCCAGGACAGAUGUUGAGUCGGUUAAAAGGUGUGCGAAUGUCGCCCGACAAAGCCUUCGAAGUGCGCAAUAAGAUCCUGCGAAAGACACUGAUUGACCCGGAGAUCGAUAACUCCGAUAAGCUGAUCGCUAGAAUCAACCAGUUGAUCGAUCAAGGGCUGAUAUCGCAUGACUUAUCAGUAAACAUCUUAUUGAGCUGCAUAGCCUACGGGAAAGAAGGCACCAUGCAUCGCAUUGAGACUGGGCAGAUUCGAAAACCUCUGGGAGUCUAUAACGUAAGCUCAAGAAAGAGACCUGACGAACGUAAACCGAAGCCUCAGGCAAAGCAGAACGCUACUAAUGCUACGUAUAAGAAGAAAUACCCAGCGGGCAAUACGAAUCAGCCCAGACGAGGCAGCUAUGUUAAGAAUACCGAGACCACUAAGAAUUGGUCUCAAGGUACGAAAUAG